AUGGAUAUAGUCCAUGAUGCACCUAUCCAAGAGAACCUCGCAAGAUCAGCCGCUCCUGAAUUUGAUUUCAGGUUUCAACUUGUUUCGGUUUCCGGAUCCGAAGAGAUCCAGAUACCUGCGCACACUUGCAUGCUGCUAGAUUGUCAGAAUCGUCUCUCAUUUGUUGGGCGCUCUACUGCUCACUCUUUCAUGCACCAUAUCAGGAACACGAUCGAGAAACGUAAUGGUCCUUCGGAGUUCACAGCAGAUAGCAAUUGGAGCGGUCUACCAGAAAGACUCCCCGUGACCCCUAGGAUGCAGUCCUUUCUCCCCCCAAGUACAACUGCGAGUUUGAUCGAGUUCUAUUUCAACCACGUACGGAGCUUCAUCGAUAUAGUCAACCCAGAAGCGGUGAGCUUGACCUUGUAUCGAUUCCAGAAUAACCCGAAUGAGGUUCAGGGACCCGAUCGAUGCAUUUUCUAUUUGGUUCUAGCAGUGGCGCUCGCCUUGGAUUCUGGUGAUUCAGCGCACUCGCCGAGCCCAGAAUUUAAACACCAGCUGUUUGCUAUAGCUGAGGGGCUGGCUCACCCAACUCGUACCUUCGAAAAGUCCCAGUACCACGAUGACGUCCUCUGGCCCCUCCAAGCUCUCGCUUUGAUGUCGUUUUUUAUGCUGUCUGUUUCCAUGAGAAAUACUGCGUAUGAAUAUUGUGGCAAGUCUCGUCGUACUUGUAUGCGAACCAACGAAGCUAACAAUAGUUCAGGUCGAGCUGUUCGAGUUGCCUAUGCCCUUGGGAUUCAUCGAGGCCAUGAGUCUGAGAUCAGUCAGUUCCCCGCCAACGAGGAACUCAGAGUUCUACGAAGAAACGUUUGGAGAAGUCUGUUUAUCCUAGACAGAUUUCUGGCUGCAACGUUAGGAAGACCGUUCGCCAUCGCUGAUAACGAAUACUCCGAAUCCUCCCUUCAGCCACCCAGCCGACCAAGCAGUCCCAACAAAGUUCCGAAAAGGGACAUGCUCGACCCGCCUAUUGAUGCAUGUAAAAUGAUUGGUCAUAUCGUGAACAACAUUUAUUCAUGUGACAAAGUCGCGAUCGAGAUUCCCAAUCAAAUGCUGGGGUACCUAGAAGCUCACCCAAGUUUCCAAGAAGAUGGAUUCUUCACGAUAAGCAGCUUAAUGCCGACGGUAUCUCAAAUUCAUGUGCGUUUACUUAGCUUUUACGCCAAUAUCCUCCUUUGUCGUCCCUUUUUCCUUUUAUCCUUCAUGGGGAUAAACGCCUCAGAUGGCACCCAGACACAGAUCAAUAGACUGUCUGAAAGAUGCGUAUCUCAAUCACUUCAAGCGGUUGAAAUGGUGAAAGGGGGGUUUCAUGCCAACCUCUUGCGCCAUUCUGACCCCCUUGCUCUGUGA